UGAAUUUCUGACGUCAAUUUUUUGGCAUCAAAAAACAAGAACCCCUAAUAGUAUUUAAGAGGAAGCCCUUCCUUGGCAAGACAAACCAAGACUGACGGACACUCCUACAGACCCAUCAUGAAGACCUCUCUGGCGUUGUUACUUCUUGCUUUCAUUGGUAGCCGUGCAGCACUGUUGUGUUACCAAUGUACUGCUGCUCUCUCCAAUGAUGCCUGCAACACGAAUACCCAGAACUGCGCUACUGAAGACACCUGCAUGACCACCGUCAUCACCGUGCUUGGAAUUAAUACCAUCACAAAAGAGUGUGCCACAAACAGUGCCUGCAACGCUGCUGUAGCCUCCGAUGUUAGUGUCGGGGCGCUCGGAGGAAAUAAAGUGACGUGCUGCAGUAUGGAUCUGUGCAACGUGAACGGCUCCACCACUGCCAGGCUCAAUGUGCUGCUUCUGGGGGCUUCAGCAGCUCUGCUUUUCCUGCUCAGCAGGAUCACAGCGUAAGGGCAGCAGCACCCACCGCUAUUCUUCAUUGCCCUUUGGAAGAGUCCUGUCUGCAGUUUUUCCCUUGCAUGUUGAAGUGUUCUUUAUGAUAAUAUAAAUGCCUUUGACUAUGAAAGACUGCUAUGUGUUGUGUGGGUGUGUUUCUCUGUUGUUUCCCCUUGUAACUUCCUGCACUUUGCUUGUGUUUCCCACAUAUUUACCAUGUAGCUCUAGCACCUGAUAUUAGUGUCUCAUGAGUGUUUGAGCAAUUAGAUACACUCCUGUAAUAAAUAAAAUAUAUUAAAAUAAAUUUAAUUGAAUUUCUAGAAUAUUGUUGUGGGUACUUCCCUGUGAAAAAAUGUUAUUCCAUGUUUAUCAUUUACAAUAAAUCUCAGAAAUAAACACUUACAAUGAUACCAUGUCUGAUCGCCAUUUAACAGAAAUGGAAAGCAAGUGUAUUUUUACUGGAAAUAUUCAAAACGACAUAUUGCUAAC